UACAAGAGCGUCACACGCCGCAGUGGUGGCGCGCUCUCCCAUAUGGUCUAGCGGUUAGGAUUCCUGGUUUUCACCCAGGCGGCCCGGGUUCGACUCCCGGUAUGGGAACUUGAUUUUUGCCAGCCUCGCCACGCUCAAGCUCGAGUGACUGAACAGCUACAACAUCUGCCGCUGUUACUACUACUUUCGUCAGAUUUCGUGGUCGAAUUAAAUGGCCAAUCGGGGGGAGGGGAGUCAUUUUAGCCAAUCAGAAGACGAGGAAAGCCGUGCCUUCCCCAACCAUCCAGUGUACGCAAACGUACCCUCCGGGGCUGACUGUAGUGAUCAUGUGACGGUCACGUGACGCGGUGUAGACGGAAGUGUUGUGUGCGAUUUGGACUGCGGAUAGGAACGGCCCGGGACCGACACACUGAAGUCAUGGAGCCUUCGCGCCCGGCAGGCGCGUCUCUGUUGGUGGACCAGAAGCUGCUGCUCUUCAUGGAGCAGUUGGAGAGCCUGGAGGAGACUCGAGCGGCUUUAAACGCGCUGACAGAAGAGGGAUGGUUCUCCAUGUCCAAGGCCCGCUACUCCAUGGGAAACAAACGGGUCUCCGCUCUCCAGUUCGCCAGUGAGAUGGAGCCGCAGGUCCGGGUCCAGCUCAGGACGUCAGAGGAUGGAAGCACCGAGUUUGUCACAGACAGACCCUUGUCUAAGGCCGGAGCUGCAGAGGUGGAGGAUGUCGGCCCAAAAGAGGGUGUUCGGAGGAGAGGCAAGCCAACGCAGCAGAGCUCGGGGCCGGCAGAGCCCGGGGAUGAGGGCCACCUGAAGGACACCAAGCUCCUACACAGGAAAAGGGACUUGAGUCCUGGGCGGGAUCCACUCAAGUGGUUUGGGAUUUUGGUGCCUCCAACCCUGAAACAGGCUCAGAGCUCUUUUAAACAAGUGAUCGAACUGUCAGCCCAGAUGGCAACACUCCAGGCGAGCCUUUUAAAAACCCGGGAGGAGCUCCAGAACCUGCUGCCGUCCGCCAGCCCGACCCUGUGGGACUGAUAACGGCCAGCUAAUCUGAGCGGGCUGACGUCGUUGACAUUUGUUCUGCUCUUUCCUCUGUACAUAUCGGAAUAAAGAGGGUCACACUGA